AUGCCUCGACAGCGACCAACCUCCGGCUACGCUCGCCUGGCGCAGGCGGACGAGGAUGACGGUCCGCUGGGAGACGAAGAUUCUGGAGAUGAGAACUACGCAUCCUCGCCCCUGACAACCCGAUAUGCCUCCAUCCAACCGGCUCCGCGAGAGUCGAUGCGCUCAGGCGCCUACCACGAUCCACGGAGACGAUCGAUGAGACGAGUCCGAAGUAAUUCCUCGGGUGUGGACAUCAAGGCGAUCAACGCCCGGCUGGAGAGAUGGGCAGAAGAGAUCGCUUCCAAAUUCAAGAUCAGCUCGGUCAAGGGCAAGACCCAAGAGGAGGAACAGCUGGAGAUACACCACUCGGUCUUCCAAGCUCCUCCCGGCGUACACCCUUAUACAGCCUCCGAUCUGGCUGCCUACGCUGCUGCCGAAACGCAAAGAAUGACCAAACAGCAAUUCGACGAUAUCGUGGAGAGCGUCAGAGUCGCCAUCGAACUCGGGACACAUCCCAAGAUGAUCUCGCAGGGGAGUUCCGGCAGCUAUUUCGCACGCAACAGUGAGGGCAAAGUGGUUGGUGUGUUCAAGCCCAAAGACGAAGAGCCAUACGCUUCGAGGAACCCCAAAUGGACAAAGUGGUUGCACCGAAAUUUGCUACCGUUCGCCUUCGGCCGAGCCUGCCUGAUACCCAAUCUGUCCUAUGUGUCUGAAGCCGCUGCAUAUGUUUUGGAUUCCCAGCUGAGGACGUACAUUGUUCCGUAUACGGACGUCGUCUGGUUAUCGUCCAAGGUCUUCUACUACGACUUUUGGGAAAGGAGAAGCACCUGGGGCGGAAAGAAAGGCCUUCCCGCAAAACCUGGCAGUUUUCAGGUCUUCUUGAAAGGCUUUAGAGACGCCAAUCUGUUCCUCCGCGAGAACCCCUGGCCGGAUCAAGCAACCGAGUUUCGUGCAGAUAUGGAGCAUUCGCGCAAGAGACGACCGUUGAGCCAUUGUCUUCCCGGCGGCCGAGGUUCAGAAGACAACGACGAGGAGGCUCCUCGAGUGGUCUCCCCUCCGCCGUCAGAAGAGGCACCCAAGUUCCACUGGACGCCUGCCAUACGGCAAGCUUUUCGGGAAGAGCUGGAGAAGUUGGUCAUUCUCGACUAUAUCAUGCGAAACACCGACAGGGGCCUCGACAACUGGAUGAUCAAAAUCGAUUGGAAGACGGAAGAAGUUUCUAUCGUGGCAGAACCCCCCAAACCAAACGGCACCACCGAAAAUGGAGAUGCACACCUGCGACCAUCAUCGGUGAGCCCGAACAUCAAUCCGCAACGGACGGAGUCGAACACCUCCAGACCAUACAAGCGGUACGAGGCGAUGGAGAGCCGAUCGGGGACGCCCUCCAAUCACCAGGAACUCCAGUGUUCCAUCACCAUCGGGGCCAUCGACAAUAGUUUGUCGUGGCCCUGGAAACACCCUGAUGCUUGGCGGAGUUUCCCUUUUGGUUGGCUGUUUCUGCCCGUCUCCUUGAUCGGGCAACCAUUCUCCAAGAGAACCCGGGAUCAUUUCCUCCCUCUGUUGACUUCAACCGCUUGGUGGAGCGAAACUCAAAUGGCUCUGCGGAGGGUCUUUUCGUUGGACGCAGAUUUCAAGGAAAGCAUGUUCGCCCGGCAGAUCGCUGUGAUGAAAGGGCAAGCCUGGAAUGUCGUGGAGACGUUGAAACAAGAAGAUCACGGUCCUUUGGAGUUGACCAGACGGACCAGAGUAUGUGUCUGGGACGACUUGGUCGAUGUUCCUGUGGCGAUCCCCAUGCGUGUGCCUUCCGCCGAGAUGAACCGCCGCACAGCACGUCAAUAUCAACAACAAGAAGAGAUGGACAUUGGGGCAUCAUAUGCCUCGGCCCCCCCUGGCAGACACCAAGCACCACAGUACGACCUCCUUGGCUCCCCAACGAACGAAUUACCCAAUCCGAACCGCUUCGACCUCACUCGUGAAGAUAGCGCAGCGGAUCUGGGAUAUCUGCCUGGUCCUCACGAUGAUGGUGGACUGAGCAGCACGGCUCCUGGUUUCGACUCUCUGGACUUUGCUCGAGAAGCUCGUAGCAGUCUCGGCCACCAUCCCAACGCCUACACACUCCCCGCUCGACCCUCGGCCAAGGGUAAGACGCGCUUCAGCUUCGAAUUUCCCCGUCGUGGCGGCGACAGUUCUACCCAGAGCAAUAACGCAACCUCGAAGGAACGUGCCACAAGAAGACAACGGUCCCUGUCGACAAGGAGUGGCUAUGGUGGCAACAAGCCGAGAUCAGUUCCGAGCAUCGUUUAUGAGGGAGACGACUUUGAUGAGGGCGAUUUGGGGUAUGCCGCGGCGAGUGACAUGGACUCGACACACCGGCGGAAGGUCAUUGUGGAGAGACUGGAAACGGUGAAGAGCAAGAAACCCUUUUUCACGUGGUGUUAA